AUGCUGCUCCUCGAGGGCGUCGCGCUCACGAGCAGCGGCCGCCCCGUGCUCGCGCCAGAGGAGCUCGAGCUCAAGAUCCUGGAGAAGUGCGACCUCGAGUUCGACGGCGCGCCCGGCGGCCUCGAGCGCGACGUCGCGGACAAGUACGUCAGGGGCGUCGCGUUCCUCACGACGCAUCGACUGAUAUGGCUCGACCAGGCGUCGCUCCCGACGCCGGGGCGGUCGUGCAGCCUGCGCUUGGAGCGAAUAACGAAGUGGGGGCCCGUCGCGAAGGGCGUGUUCAGCACGUCGAAAGCGAAGCGCGUGCGAUUCCAGCUGCGCGCGAAGGUGGUCAGCGCGAGGGACGACGGCGGGGAGAUUCGAACGGCGUUUCGCGGCGAGCCCCCGGACGCGUUCACGAAGGCGCUCGCGGAGGCGAUGCUCGCCAAGGCGUGGCUCGCGGAGCCGCCGGUGGCGUCGUCGAGCGGCAGAGGGGGAGGAGGAGGAGGAGGAGGAGGAGGAGGAGGAACGAUGCCCAACGCGAGAACCGCGGGCGUCGCCGGCAUCUUACUGCGGCAGCGACAAGAGCGCGCGGCGACGGAGGCCGCGCUCGGCGAGGCGUUCACGGACAUGACCGCGCUCAUGACGAAAGCGAAGGAGAUGGUCGUUCUCGCGGAGCGAUUCGCGGGCGCGAUCGGCGGCGGCGGCGCGGGAGGGAACGGCGGGAACGGCGGGAACGGCGGGAACGGCGCGGCGUCGUCCUCCGCGGACGAGAGGAACGAGUUGGAGACGAUGCUGAUGUCCGUGGGGAUCCGGUCCCCGGUCACGCGCGACACCGCGGGGGCGCUGUACCACCAGCAGCUCGCGCGUCAGCUCGCGGACUGGCUCCCGCCCGUCCUGGAGAACUACGGAGGGAUACUGCCGCUGCCGGACGUGUACUGUCUGUUCAACCGCGCGCGCGGCGCCGAGCUGAUAUCGCCGGACGAUCUGCUCAGGGCGUGCAAGCUGUGGGAGAAGCUCCGGUCGCCGGUGCAGUUCCGGAGGUUCGACAGCGGCGUCGCGGUCGUGCAAUCGCUGGACCGGAGCGACGACGAGGUGUGCGCGCUGCUCGCGCGCACUAAAAAGACGCUGUCGCGCUUGGACGCGUACGGGGCGAGCGACGCGCUGGGCAUCCCGCCCGCGGUCGCGGGGGAGUACCUCGCGAUGGCGGAGGGGCACGGGAUCUUGUGCAGGGACGAGGCGCCGGAGGCGACGUAUUACUACCGGAACUUCUUCGCGGAGUGUAGCUACUAG